AGACCCAUCUGGACUGAAUGGCAAUAGUUCAUGUGUGACUGUCAGAAACCCUUCCAUCCGCUCCGUGAGCAAAGAUUACAGCUUCUGAAGCAGACUGUGAUUCUGGAGGGAUUCGUGCUGGCUUCUCCAGAGACUCAAUCUAGAGUUCAUCUAAAACCUUCGCUGCAGUUUGGGGAGGAUCUUUACAAAAUGCCACGGUCAUUUCUUGUCAAGAAAUAUUUCUCCAACAAGAAGCCAAACUACAGUGAACUGGAGAGUCAAACUGACCAACGCUAUGCUGUCUUCCCACAAUGCUUCCCUCUGGAUGACUUCCCCACCAGAGAAGGCGAUUCUGUGGUGCCCAACUAUCCCUCCGUGCUCGUGUGGACCGCCAGUGCCUUACCCCUUUCCUUCACAGCGGAGUCACCCAGCAUCCCCUCUCCUCCUGGGCCUCUGGACCUGAGCUCUCAGUCCAGCUCCAGCAGCAGCGGAGAGGAGGACGACUGCCGUACAUCUGAUCCUCCCAGCCCAGACCCCGCCGACCGCUUCCAGUGCGCCCACUGCGGCAAGACCUGCAGCAGCCCGGCCGUGCUUUCUCGCCAUCAGCUCACGCACUGCACCGCCAGCCCACAGACGGUCAUUACCGCUACAGGAGCCACCAGCACAAGCACCAGAGCGGCCUUCCACUGCAAGCACUGUCCCAAAGAGUACAACAGCCUGGGUGCACUCAAGAUGCACAUCCGCUCGCACACGCUCCCCUGUGUGUGCACCACGUGUGGAAAGGCCUUCUCCAGACCCUGGUUACUGCGAGGACACAUCCGUACACAUACCGGUGAACGUCCCUUCUCAUGCCCCCACUGUAACCGUGCGUUUGCGGACCGCUCGAACCUGCGCGCUCACCUGCAGACCCACUCCGAAGUGAAGAAGUACCAGUGUGGAACGUGCUCUCGUACCUUCAGCCGCAUGUCCCUCCUGCACAAACACACCCUGUCCAGCUGCUGUCCGUCCGUCUAGAGGCCAUCUCUCGCGUUGAGCUGGGACGGGUUUAAGCCAUAAGUGAAUGUUUGGAUUCAUAGAGAAUGCUGAUUUUAAUGCACAGAGUGCCUUACAUUUGCUUCCACAAGCCAAAGGAGAGAUGCUAUCUUUCUUCCAGUGUUAGUCUUACACACAUUCACACACACCGUGUCUACAGUAAUGGCCUGUUAAAUGUAGACUGCAGAUUUUUGUCGUGGGAAAAGGGCCCACAGACUGGCUCUCGGUGGAUUCCCAGGAUGCACCUCGGUGCCGGCUGGUCCGGGACUGUGAGGGGGCAGCUGCUAUAAAGCGUGUGUGGUGAGAGGUCAUCUCUCACCAAGAUCUCCACAGACGUGCAGGGAUGUAUUGGGACAGCUGUUGCAGCGCAGGCCUGUCGACAAAUGCUUUGGCUCUGUCUCUAGACUGAUGGCCGAAAAGCACACCAAAGACCUGUUUUAAUGAGAAGUUCAAUUAGACUCUGGAAUUUGUCUCUGUAAUCAGAGCUUCGAGGUAUUACAUCAGUUGGCAUCUCCUAAAUGUUGUUAUAUUCUUUAAGACUGAGUAAGGUGUCAACAACACAAAAAGACGGUCAUUAGGUUUUAGAUGUUGUUCAUGUUCAUCUAAAAGGAAGGGAAUUUGCAGGAUUAGGAGAAAGGUCUUCCAUGAAGCCUAUUUUUUCCAAAGCCACAAUGAUAUAUGAAGCUGCCUGUCUACAUAUUGUUUAUAUGUUGGACGUAUAACACAAACCAAAUGCUAUGCAAUCUUUUUUGAGCAAAGAUGUGUUUUAGUGUAUUUCCACUUGCUGUUUUUUUCCCAAUAAAGUAAUUCUACGUUCUUUGUUUAACAGA